GAUUUUUGUAGAGCAGUAAAUCUUUUUUCCUAGGAAUCGGUUUUGCUGUGCCUUUAAAAAAUUUUUUCUUUGUUUGUCAGAAAUUAAAUUGACUCAAAAAUGUUAAGCUUAACAAAAUAGCUUAAUUAUCUUAAUCAAGACCAAUUCACAUUUACAAGCAACUGUUUAGUCUAGUUUAUUUUGAUUGUCAUUGGCGUUUGGGGAAUUACUCUUGAGGUUGUCUGUAACUUCACCUCGACAAGUCAAUUUUAUUCGUAAUCUUCCUUUUUGGUCUUCGCUUUUCUACGUAUAAAUCAUCAUUAACUUGCACCCUACUUUGACAUGAUGUGCUUUUAAUUUUGUAAAGAUAUACUUCCAUCUCUUUGUUUCUUCGUUUUUUUUCUGUAAUCAAGUUUAAAAGAUCUUAAAGAAUAAAUUAUGGAUGCUGGUUGGGAUACCGGUGCUGCUGCUCCUGAUGCUUGGUCUGGAGGUGCUGCUGCUGGAUCUGAUCUUGGUUUUGGCUUUACUAGUGCAGCAACCGGUGGUGAAACUGCAACUCCAUCGUCUUCUGGGGGUUACGCUGGUGCAAGUGGCUCUGGUGGAGGAUACACUCGCGGUCUUAAUGUUAAAGCACAGCUAAGUAUUGAAAGAUUACCUUUCGAAACAUCAAUUGAAACAAUUAGAAACAUCUUUGGACGCUAUGGACGAGUUGCUCGGGUUGUUUGUGACUAUAGAAUUGCAGAAGAACGUUUAAAUGUUUGGUUAGAUUAUGAAGACGAAAAAUCUUGCGAGAAUGCGGUUCGUGAAAAUGGCCGUAAAAUGGAAAGGAAUACGAUAGUUGUUCAAAAAAGUUCUUCUGGUGAAGGUGGCUUCGGAGGAAGUCGAGGACCUAAAAAAGAUGCGUGGGGUAAUAUUUCACGUGGACCAAAAGGAGAUCGAGGUGAAUCUCGAGGUGAUACUAGCAGCAGUGGCUUAGCAACUUCCAGUGAUACUACAGCUACUUCUGGUGAUUGGGCAUCUGCAGAUUGGGGUGCUUCUACUUCUACAACUGAAAACAAUUCAGGUUUUGAUUCUAGUUUCGAUAACGAAGAUCGUCGAUCCUCUAGAGGUAGAGGCGGCGGUCGAGGAGGGCGAGAUCGUGGUGGAAGAGGAGGUGGAAGAGGUCGUGGCGGUGGUGGUGGCGGUGGUCGCUUCCAACCUUACGAUAAAAGCGAUGACUAUGGAGAAAAAUCAGCUCUUCCAGCAUGGGACGACAUAGUUGCCGGUAAAUCAUCCACAUCUACAGCAACGCCAAAAGCAGACUGGGGAGGUUCCGGUGAUGUCGAUAGUGGUAACAAAGAUUCCGUCCCCUUCAGCCAACAACCAACCCAACCGUUGAACAUAGAUUGGGAUUAGUUUAUUUGUUACGAAUAUCCCCAGUGAUGCACAUUAAUGCACUUAUAUUUGUAUUUCUUCCAUUUUCAUCCUUUAUCAUACUUUAUUAUCAUUUCCAAAUAAUUCACCUUUAUCAAUGUUUUCAAUUUUGAGAUGUUAAGCUAUCAAUUUUACUUAAAUAGAACUGACAUAUAUUCAUAAAGCCAUUCAAAUAACUUUCGUUAAUGUUCGCUCUUUUUACAUUGACAUGUAUUGUAUUCUGCUUAAUAGAGUAUUCAAUUGUAAUUGCUGAAAACGGACUUUAAUAUUUAUAUAAAAAAA